AUGGAAAAUAAGAAGAAGUGGGAGACAGCGAAGAAGUUUGGCCUGUGUUAUCGUUGCUUAGGAAAAGAGCACCUGGGUGAGGAAUGUCGUUGGAGCAAAGAGUGUGGUAUUGAUCGGUGCAAGGAGCAUCACCACCAGAUACUUCAUCCAAAGAAAAAUCUGCCUGAUUUCACGGAGAGGAAUCCCGAUGCAUCUAGUGUGAAUGGAAACGAGUCAAGUACUUAUGAAACAGUAAAGGAACAUGAACAACGAAGAAUUGCCCUUCGCACUGUUUCAGUUAUUCUGAAACAUGGGGCCAAGCACUUGCAAGUUAAUUGCUUUUUAGAUGAGGGCAGUGAUACGACUUACGUCAAUGAAGAUGUCGUGGAAGAAUUAGGUAUGGAAGGUCCGAAAGAGAAAGUCACCAUUAAUGUUGCAAAUGACCAGAAGGUAGAUCUUAUGUCAGCCACUAUGGAGAUUGGAUUGGAGAGUUUAGAUGGUCGAGUAGACACUGUUAUCGUAGCGAAGACAUCACACAGCAUUUGUGGAGGCAUGAAACCUACUAACUGGUUACAGAUAAGAGAUCAGUGGAAGCAUAUAAGGAACAUUCCCUUCCCAAAACCUGGGAAGAGAAGCAAGAUCGACGUCCUCAUUGGCUCAGAUUAUUACAAUCUGCUAUUUCCCAUGAAGGAAGUUCGUGGAGGCAGUGGUGAGCCUAGUGCCAGACUGUGUCCACUAGGGUGGACAGCUAUUGGUACCAUUGAUGUGUGUGGACGAGAUGAGCCAUGUAGCACAGGAUUCCUUCACACUUAUCGGAUGCAGAGGCCGGACAGUAAUGACGUGGAGCUUAACAAUCUGAUGAAGCAAUUUUGGAGCCUAGAGUCUAUCGGCAUCACGCCUCGAGUGGAUCGACAACUGACCCCCGAUGAGAGGCUCGCUGUCAACAAAGUCAGCGAAUCCAUGAGAUUCACUGGAGAAAGAUAUGAAGUUGCAGUGUCUUGGAAACACGACAGACCGCAUUUGGAGUCAAACCGGCAGAUGGCUGAAGAGCGCCUUCGCUCAGUUGAAAAGAAAUUGAUGCAGGAUGAGAGUCUUGCUCAGGCGUACCAAUCAGUGAUUAAUGACUACAUAAGCAAAGAAUACAUACGAGAAGUUCCUGAUGUGGAGCCUAAACCAUCAUCAGAAUGGUUCCUUCCGCACUUCCCGGUGGUUCGCCCAGAGAAGUCGACAACCAAAGUUCGGAUCGUAUUCGAUGGCUCGGCUCAGCAAGGUGGAACGAGUUUGAACAGUGAAUCGCUACCAGGUCCUAAGUUGCAAAGUGACAUUGUGGAUAUUUUAGUGAAGUUCAGGAAGAAAUCAUUUGCCUUAGUUGAGAAAUUCACUUGUGUUGUGGUAUUUCUAAUCAGUAAACCUGAGUUCUACACUAAAGCAAAUUUGGAGGAAUGUGUUGUUGAGAAGUUGGCAUUAAUUCCCGAUCAUGCCAAACUCGUGGUGAGCUCUUACGGGUUGAAAGGCAUUGCUGAAGUUCCCGAAACUCUUCAUGUCACAGUGUAUCGUGAUCGCGAAGACCUAUCAGCCCUAACUCGGAUGAUUGAGAUUUUCAGCAAGCGUUGGCAAACAUUGGAUCUUAUUUCCAUGAUGCAAGAAUUAAAAAGAGCUACAAACAAAAAUUUUCGGAGUAGAAGUUACAUGUCUAUCAAGGAAAGUUUGUCUAGUCUUCCGACAUUUCAGAAAAAGGAAGAGAAACAUUCCUCUUAA